GAUGAUCUUAAACCUGGUAUUCUUGUCAGUGAUCUUAUAUAGUUUUUUUUACUUGAUUCAAUCUGAUGAAGAAAUAUGUUAUAUGAGGUUUUAUUGCAGCGCGUUGAUUUUUUCUUAUGAAGACGCUGUGUUAAUGUCAUUCUGUUUGCCUUUUGUUUUUAUAUCGUGGUCUUGAUUUGUAAUUUUGUGAACGUGACUAUAUAGCUGCUUACCUUGGUGGUUUAUUGAGAAGUGUGAAUGAGUUUCUGUUGGUGAAGAUAGAGGAGUUGGAUAAUGGCUUCCAGAGCAAUAUUGAGAAGGAAGAGGUUCAUUUCUGAUUAUGUGAAUGCCUCCACUUGCUCAAUUCAAAGUUUCCCAUGUAUCAGUCACAGGCAUACUAUGCAUAAUUUCGAUUCACGGAGUUCUUGGUCUGGUGACCCCGCUACUUAUUUUAGCUGUGUGAAGGAUAGGGAUAAAGUUUCGUUGGCAAGAGAGGGAUUAUUAAGCUUGUCGGUUCUUGGAAAACUUAGGCAUAGCUGUUAUAGAAAUACAAUUUCAGGUUUUGGGAAUGGAAGGUCUGAAUACGUUUCUCUAAUGGACAUGGGAUUGAUGCCACAGUCAAUUCGAAAUGCUUCAACAGCUACAGCCAAACAGCCUGAAAGGGGCAGUGAUGAUGAGGAAAAUGAAGAAAUGGUGGCUAAAAACAGAAAGGAAGCAUCUCCAGAGGAAUGUGAUCAAGCUGUCGAAGGUUUGAGUAGUGCAAAAGCCAAAGCGAAGGCCAAACGGUUGCAAGAGCCUCAGAGGGUCGCUAAAUCAGGUUUGCAUAGAGUCUGGGCCACAUUUUUGGGGAUUGGUCCUGCUUUGCGAGCUGUAUCUUCUAUGAGCAGGGCAGACUGGGCCAAGAAACUUGUUUACUGGAAAGAUGAAUUUAUAUCAACAUUGCAACAUUAUUGGUUGGGUACUAAGCUACUCUGGGUUGACAUGAGGAUCAGUUCAAGAUUGCUGUUAAAACUUGCUGGUGGAAAGAAUCUCUCUAGAAGGGAGAGACAACAACUAACACGAACCACAGCAGAUAUUUUUAGGCUAGUUCCUUUUGCAGUUUUUAUCAUUGUUCCAUUCAUGGAACUUCUAUUGCCAGUAUUUCUGAAAUUAUUUCCCAACAUGUUGCCAUCAACUUUUCAAGAUAAGAUGAAGGAGCAGGAAGCAUUGAAAAGGAGGCUAAAUGCAAGAAUGGAAUACGCCAAGUUCCUUCAGGACACUGCAAAAGAAAUGGCAAAGGAAGUUCAGAACUCACGGAGUGGAGAAAUUAGAAAAACAGCAGAAGAUCUUGAUGAGUUUUUGAACAGGGUUAGAAGGGGCACCCUUGUUUCUAACGAAGAAAUUUUGGGCUUCGCUAAGUUGUUUAAUGAUGAACUUACUCUAGAUAAUAUCAGCAGGCCUCGGUUACUUAGUAUGUGCAAAUACAUGGGAAUCGACACAAAAUUAUUCAAAUUUAGUUUUACGGAUGCACACUUACGUUACAUGCUCCGGAAAAGACUCCACCGGAUUAAGGCUGAUGAUAGACUGAUUCAAGCGGAGGGUGUGGAGUCCCUUUCAGAAGCUGAACUUCGUGAGGAUUGUAGGGAGCGAGGCAUGCUUGGAGAUCUUUCUGUGGAAGAAAUGCGUCAACAGCUUCGUGAUUGGUUGGAUUUGUCCCUCAAUCAUUCUCUGCCAUCGUCUCUUUUGAUCCUUUCCAGGGCGUUUGUUGUGUCCGGGAAAUUGAGACUAGAGGAAGCUCUCCAAGCUACAAUUUCUUCUCUGCCAGAUGAGGUUACAGAUACUGUUGGUGUUACAGCUUUGCCAUCUGAAGAUUCUGUGUCAGGAUGGAGAAGGAAACUGGAAUACCUUGAGAUGCAGGAAGAACUAAUCAAGGAGGAGGAAGAGAAAGAGGAAGAAGAGCAAGCCAGAAUGAAGGAAUCUAAAGCCAGUCAAGGGGAUCUGGCGCUGAAAGAGACGAUCAACCCUAUAGCUAGAGAAGCACAAGAACAAGCCAGAGAAAGAGCACUUGAAAAACAAGAAUACCUUUGUGAACUUAGUCGUGCAUUGGCUGUUUUAGCUUCUGCAUCUUCAGUUAGUAGAGAACGUGAAGAGUUUCUGAGACUUGUAAAUAAGGAGAUAGAACUUUAUAAUAGCAUGGUAGAAAAAGAGGGUACCGGUGGUGAAAAAGGUGCUUUGAAGGCAUAUAGAGCUGCCCGAGAGGAAAGUGAAAAUGCUGCUGAAGUGACUGAAGGUAAUGAGGUUUCAUCAGCACUCAUAGACAGGGUUGAUGCCAUGCUCCAAAAUCUUGAAAAGGAAAUUGAUGAUGUGGAUGCCAAGAUCGGCGAUCGUUGGCAAGUACUUGACAGAGAUUAUGAUGGAAAAGUUACUCCGGAGGAGGUUGCAUCUGCUGCUAUGUACUUGAAGGAUACACUGGGAAAGGAUGGUGUCCAAGAACUCAUCAGCAAUCUCUCCAAAGACAUUGAUGGAAAGAUUCUUGUAGAAGACAUCGUCAAGCUGGGUAGCAGGGCAGAGGAUGCAAAUACAGGUGAAGAUGGCCGUGUGUAGAGGGUAAUAUUCCAGCUGUGCCCUUCCUAUUCGUAGUUCUUUAUAGAUGCUGUCCAGUAAGCUCUAAAAUGGUUGUUGAGCAAUUUCGUCUUGCAUCAGGUUUCGAUGGUUAAUCUUCCUGAUGGAACAUACAUGCUUGCUAGUGCAGUAAAAAUUAAAGCUGACAAAAAAUAAAAUAAAAAA